AAGUACUACAAUUAUAUAAUUAUUCCAUAUUUAACAAAUCAGUGCUAGAGGGCCACAUUUAACCUGUGCGUUUUUGAUUUGUCCCUCCGUGCACACCGUCGACCUUCGUAACUUCCGCUGGUACGUACUUCCGGUGAGAUAUUUUCAUCCACGCUCCUAAGACGACAAAAACGCGACACGAAAGACGAACCGAAGAACUAAACACGGUUAAACGACAGCGAUCAUGUUCAAACUGGAAGGACUCGGGCCUAAAAUGGACCCGGAGGAGAUGAAGAAGAAAAUGCGACAAGAUGUCAUCUCAUCUUUACGAAACUUUCUUAUUUACGUCGCCCUUCUCCGGGCCACCCCAUUUGUGUUAAAGAAGCUGGACAGCAUAUGACCUGAGCAUCUGGUUUUUUCCCCAGCCGUCAACUAAGAGUUUACUCGACCAGGGAGAGUAUGGAUCAUCAUCAUCAUCACCAUCAUCAAACAACUGGGGCCAUUACUGCUAAUCGUGUUGGACAUAACCAGUGUCCAUCACUGCACCGGAGGAAACACAUUUGUUCUAAUUUAUCCCGUUUUAUUCCUUUUUGUAAUCUGUAGUCUGCAUUUCUUAAACAUGUUGUCAUUAUUGUUUGAUACAAAGUUGCAGUGUGUAUGCCUGCCAUGCUCGCAAAUUAACAGGAAACAGUGUUUAUUUUGUUGAUUUGUCUUAUUGAUUACAGAUUUACUCAGUCCUGCACAUAUUGUAUUGUGCAAACUACAUUAGAAAGGUGUAUUACGUUAUCGGGCUGAAUCAUUUUGUGAAUUAUUAGAAUCCUUUUGAAUGUAAUCACAGAAAAUAAAAAAGUUGCCCGAGAAGUGA